CAUACGUGCCUCUUCACAAAAUUGGUGUCUUCUUCAGCAUUAACGCCAGACAGACACACAAAAAGAGUGAUGAACAUAUAAUGUCACAGCGACAAGAUGAAAGUUCUGGUCUUUGAAUUUGUGGCGGCUGCUGGCCAUUGAUAAAUUGCCUCUGGAGGCGAAAAUGAUGGAUUUCAGCAGAGCCGACGGAGGCUCCUACACGGAUAAUCUUAUUGGGACUUUACUCGCUAUCUUUGGAAAUGUGCUUGUCAGCAUCUCCUUAUGCAUUCAGAAAUACAGCCAUGUGACCUUAGCAGAAACCAAGGACCUGCGUGCCUUUUACCGCACUAAAACCUGGUGGUGUGGGUUUGUCCUGGCAUGUAUUGGCGAGGGAGCCAACUUUGUGUCUUAUGCCUUCGCCCCCCUUGCUCUCGUAGCACCUCUAAACGCUGUGUCUAUCGUUACAAGCGCAAUUUUGGGACUAAUUUUUCUUCGCGAGAAAUCAAAGCCAAAGGAGUUUGCAAAGCACUAUGGGCUGGCCUUCCUGGGCUGUAUUCUAACAAUUGGAGGAACGUAUCUCUUUGUAGCAUUUGGACCAAACUCUCAUGAAAAGCUCAAAGCAGAGAACAUUGUGAGGCACGUUGUGGGAUGGCCUGUUCUAUUAUAUCUGCUCCUGGAGAUCAUCACGUUCUGCCUGCUUUUAUACUUCUACAAACAGCGCAGUGCUAACUACCUCGUUAUUAUUCUGAUGCUUGUCGCUCUACUGGGUUCAGUCACAGUCAUUACAGUGAAGGCGGUAUCGGGCAUGUUGGUUCUCACCAUUGAGGGCAAUAUGCAGCUGGACUACCCAAUCUUCAGUGCCAUGUUUGUGUGCAUGGUGGCUUCAGUGAUCUUCCAGGCCAGAUUUCUCUCCCAGGCUUGUAAGCUGUUUGACUCCUCUCUGAUUGCUUGUGUCAGCUACAUCCUCUCCACCGUCUUUGCAGUGGUAGCUGGCGCUGUGUUUUACUUGGAAUUUAAGAAUGAAGAUGCUCUUCAUAUCUGCCUGUAUUUGUUGGGAUCUGCAUUCUGUUUCCUUGGGGUUUUUCUCAUCACCAAAACAAGGAAAAGGACACAGGCCUUUGAGCCUUAUGUCACUAUGGAUAUGGCUAACGGUGUCCCAACUAUUCAUGACAAGGGCAUGAGUGCUCAGCCGGACUCAAAUGGGUCUUUCUCCUACGGAAGUCUGGUUAAUAACGAUGGCGUGGCCCCUGCUCCUCUACCAGUCAAACUGGAUCAACCAGCUGUCAGCUCCAGAUCCACUGAUGCAUCUCCUGGGCUGCAUGGCCUGAAGCAAGAUUAAAACAGAUUUUUUAUUUUCAUUUUUAUUCAAUUCAACAAUAUUCAAGGACCUUGAAAGGCCAAAAACGGGUACAUUCAGCUCUUGUCACACAACACCAACCUUCAGUCCAGUAUAGGGUGUCCACUGGGUGGUAUGCUUAUAUGCUUUUCUUUGUGAGAUCUCAUAACCUAAACCUUGGGAAGUGCUCCUUUUUUUGAUAAGAUGUCAGCUGUAUUUAUUCCAAAAAUGAAAAAAACUGAAACUGCUGGACGAUUAUUCCGUGGAUUCACAAACGUGGCUUCAGCAGGGUCAGAGUCGUGACUUGAAGCUUACUGCCUUCACUCUGUGUUAGCUUUGAGACUCACUUCCACAACGCUCAUUAACAGGAACACACAGGGAUCUGCUCUUCCAAUGAGGAGUGUGAAGUCUCAAAUCUCCUCAAAGUUAUAUAAUGUAGCUGCAGACUUGCCAAUGAACAUUUUGACUUUAACCAUCUGCCUCUAACUCUCUUACAUGAGCGGUUUUCACUCCACAAUUUUGUUCUUUGAAUUUUAUUGUAUGACCACUUUUUUUCUGAUGUGACCAAACAGCGGGUGUAAAUGUUUUAAUUUAUUCUAAUGUAUUUAUUAAUUUAGAAGUUAGCUGUUAGUGUGCCUUAAAAGUAGUUUUACACUGGAUUCAUUACUGUAAGGUGGUACAUAACAGCCAGGUAGGUGAGUAGCAUCAGUGUAGCAGUUUAGUUAUAAAAUCAGCAACUGUAAUAUAAUUUGAGUGCCUAUUAGAUAAAUAAACUGGAAAACCUUUGAAAAUGAAAGGUGAUUACACUUUGGAUGACUCAAAUAAAAGGGAAUUGAAUAAUGCUUGCAUCCUGGAAUAACUGUAAAACUAUUUAAAAGUGCUGUGUAAAUAUAAAAAGGCAAAAUACUGUAGAAAACGUAUAUCUAAGUUUAGGUUUUGACUAAAAGAAUUUGGUUGCCCCUUUGACCUGACGCCUUGAAAUUUCUGAUGACAAACAAAUCAAGAAAUAAAACUUAAAAUAUGCACUUAGUGUUGCAAAUUUACCAUGUUUUGAUGCAAUGUUUUUCAAAUGUAAAAUUCCUAUCAAUAUUUUACAAACUGAAAGAUAAUCCAGAAAUAUGUAUUUUAGGAUUAAAUUUCAUCAAAUAAAACAGAAUGAAUGAAUGGCUUCAUACAUUUGUUUCACUCAGGGUUCCAAUGUUCAUGGUAAACCUGGAAAAGUCAUGAAAUUAAUAAAAUCACUUAAAGUUUUGGAAAAGUCACGAGUUAUUAUUGUGUAUAUAGAAACGAAUUGUCCCAGUAAUAAUAUUUAAUUGAUAAUCCUCCAUGAAAUGUAACAUAACAGAAAAUGUAUUUUCUGUUGGCUAGCUCUUGAUGUAAUGUAGCUCUGAUAUGCGCUGACGUUUUGUCCCAUCUCUUCCUCCAUGUAUGCCAGUUAGCUGAUACUGUUUUGAAUCUGAAAUGUUUGAAUAACAAAAAAAAUAAUGUUAUGAUAGUGUGAUUUAAGAUGUAGGAUCAUGAAUCCCAAACUCUCCAUACCUAUUCCCUACUACUACUUUUAAAAAAUACAGCAUUUUAGAUGGAGCAAUGUUUGUUUUAUACUUUGUCAGUGCUCAUGGAAAUUUCAUGGGUCCUUAAGAGUCAUGGAAAAGUUUUGUCCAUGAAAAUCUGUGGGAACCUUGCACACUCCACCUCUACGUAUGUAUAUGGCGAUGAUUUCCUGCAGUGUUAAUAAAGCAGAGAGUCUUUCCACAGUAUUCAGUUAAUUUGUUUUUAUCACCUGUGGUUUGUUUUGUGUGUAUGUAAACUCAUCAUUACAUCACUGUGUAUACCUGCUGAAGCUCUCUUGUUAAUAAAACUGCCGUCUAAGACCACAACAA